GCUGAAAUGUGCGUUAUAAAGCGUUUAAUCGACCGUUAAAAAGCAACACAAGGCGACCACGUUACCUUUUCAGCAGAGGAAGAGCGAGGGAAAGGAACGAGUUCCAGUUCCGCUGGAGCUUUCGUACUUUCUUACGCCUCUCGCGGAGGGAGACGGACAGCGCAGCCGACGUCAGUGGUGCAGUCGGUGUACUUCACGCGCUCUGUGUGUGCUCUACGUCAUUCUCAUGCGUUCUCUAACCACAACAACCCAGCUGUGAGAUGUCUGCUGUAAAUACAUUAUUAUGAAUUCUAUACAGCUUCGUUAAGGGCAGAUAGAUCGUAUAAAUGACAGCGGAGUACAGACAGAUGAUAUUAUUAUUCGUAUGAUUAAAUAAUCAUUUAAUCUGUAUCACCCAAUGCUGCAGUGAUGGAGGAGGAUGAAGAUCUGGAGACUCUGGGAGAGAAACUGUAUGAUCUGAUAUAUCCGAAAUACACUGAGAUGACACCGAAACUUACAGGUAUGCUGUUGGAGUUGCCUGCUUCUGUUGUGUCUCAGAUGUUGUAUGAUGAAGGUCUGCUGAAUAAAGCACUGGAAAGAGCACUGACCGCUCUCACAUCACCUGACAACAGUGAACCCGUGUCUCACACUGAUGAUGCGGCGUCUGUGUCCUCCGACUCUCUGGGUGAACAGCUGUAUGACCUCAUUGACCUCUACAACACCGGACACACUCAGAAAAUAACAGGCAUGUUAUUGGAGCAGAAGAAGGAGGCGGUGCUUCAGCUGCUGUCGGAUCAAUCGCUUCUCGAGGAACAAGUCAAUAUCGCCGUGAAAACCUUGCAGGAGCAGGGUGACGAGGAGACAGACGUGAGUGACGGCUCUGACAGAGAGGAAGCGGAAUCCAUUGGCGAGACGCUUUUCAAUGUUGUGCAUCAGUUAGACCCCACCCACUGCGCUGACAUCACCGGGAUGCUGCUGGAAAUGGAUUCUCGAAUGCUGAAACAGAUUCUGUCCGACCGGAGCAUGUUGGAAGUCGCAGUUCAGAGAGCAAAAAGUGCACUGGAGGGCGAUUUGAGCCUAACACAUUCGGAAAUGUCAGAAUGAGGCUUGGAAUCUCUGCAGACCACGUGACUGCAGGGAACUUUGUACUUGGGACUUUUAGGCCUGAAUUGCUGUGCAUUUUACUUGUAUAAUUCAAGACAUUGUUUACAUGGACUUACUUUUAAGGAUUUUUGACACUUUUAUUAAUAUAAAUUAGGAGGAAAAGGAGAGAAGAUUGUGAAGAAAAAAGGUGGAAUCGCAUCAGGCUGGAUUUGAACCUGCUUUACCUGCAUGAGCACCUCAGCUAAAUGUGUCUAGAGCAUGUGCAUUAACCACUUGGUCAUGGCUUUUACAUUCCAUUUUCAUGUGCACAUUUACAUAUAAUGACUUGUCAAUCAGCUGUUUGUAAAUAAAGAAUGCAAAGUUUC